CUCGGCUGAGAGAUCAAGUGUUAUAAAUAAUAUGACGAUUAUGCAAUCGCUGGGCGGGCCGCAUUCCAAUGUCGAGCGGGCCGCAUUCGGCGGCUGACGGAGAAGUGAUUGUCUGUUUUGGUGUAAGGUCCCAAUCCGCCUAUCGCCCAGUGCCCGUAUCAAUUAUUUAAGGCAGUGCAACUGACGUGUCUCAACGUAAAUGAGCGGAAUCUGCGAUUCCAUCGGGGACUGGCCAACAAAGAAGGAAAAUCGACAUAGCCCACCUUAUGCAAAUAUCCGAGCUAAUCAACUUCCAGAAAAUGUCCCACUCCAUUGUUGACCUGCGCUCGGACACCGUGAGCCAGCCCACGGACAAGAUGCGGGACCGGAUGGCCUCCGCCGUGGUUGGGGAUGACGUAUACGGCGAGGAUCCAACCGUCAAGGAACUGGAGGCGCGGACAGCGGCCCUUUUCGGCAAAGAGGCGGGUCUCUUUGUGCCCAGCGGCACCAUGGGAAAUCUACUGGCAAUUAUGGUUCACUGCCAUCGUCGUGGAGCUGAGGCCCUGGUCGGCGAUUUAUCGCACAUCUUUUUGUACGAGCAAGGUGGCGCCUCGCACUUGGCCGGCGUCCAAUUAGCCACGCUGAAGAACGAGCAGGACGGCACCUUCAGCCUCCAGGAGCUGCGCCGCAGGAUCCGACACGAGGACUGCCACGAGCCCAUCACCUCGCUGGUGGUGGUGGAGAACACCCACAACAUCUGCGGCGGCAAGGUGGUGCCGCUGGCCUUCCUGGACGAGCUGGCCGCCCUGGUGCGACAGCCGGGAGUGGGCACCGGCUCAGCCCGUAUCGCCCUCCACAUGGACGGAGCGCGGGUCUUCAACGCGGCCGCGGCCUUGGGCGUGGGCGUGGAGCGCAUCUGCCGCGACUUUGACUCCGUCUCCAUCUGCUUCAGCAAGGGCUUAUCGGCCCCAGUGGGAUCCGUACUGGUCGGCUCCAAGGCCUUCAUUUCCGAAGCACACCGUCUACGCAAGGCUUUGGGAGGCGGCAUGAGGCAGGCGGGCGUGCUUGCAGCAGCUGGACUAGUGGCCUUGGAUGAAGUGGUGCCGCUGCUGGGCAAAGAUCACGAGCGUACGAAGAAAAUCGCGAAAGCUAUUUUCGAACUGCAGAGUCCCAAUAUCACCGUGAGCCUGGAGACUGUGCAGAGCAAUAUCCUUCUGGUGGAGAUAACUCAACCCAAACUGUUGGCCAGUGAGUUCGCCGACCGCCUUGGCACCGUGGAGUCCGGAGAACUGGAAGCUGGGGUGACGGGUAAACACGGAGCCGGAAUCGUGGUGAAGGCCUGUGCCCGGGACUGGGCCUUUGCCCGUCUGGUACUCUACCACCAGGUGGACGAGGGGCAGGUGGAACUGGCCAUCAGGAAGCUGAAGUACGUCAUCGGGCAGUACGACCUGCGAUGGCCCCGCGAAUAGGCGUGGAAUUUGUUCUUUUGAAUAUUACUAAAAUGACAAACACAAUUAGAUUUCGCUUUUUGUCGUUUAAUUAAAGAGAUAGAGGGAAGCGAAGGAAAA